AUGUCACGUGGCCGCGGGCGCCCCGCGGGCAUGGUGGAGUUCACUCCGGACGAUGAGCAGUGCAAUGACAUUGUGUGUCGUCUCGGGGAAGGCGCGCCUGAUGCUUUCAAGCAGCAGCUGCAAAAGGACGGUGUCCAGCUCUUUGCUGCUGUAUGCAAGCCGCCUAAGACAAAAAUGGCAUCAAGAGCUCAGCUGGAGGAACACUUGUGGUUGUUGAGGCCGCUGGUGGAUGCCAGCCCGCUGCUGCCAUACAGCACGGACGGCUUGGGGCGAGUCUGGGAUGCUUUUGUCCAAAAGCAUACGGCUAACCUGCAAAAAGAUGUCAUCUUCUUGCACGUUGUGGAAAUCAAGAUGAUGCUGCAGCUGCUGGGUUGCAACCGAUGUUUCUGGGUCCCCCUGAGGUUGCUGGUCUUUCCGGUUGGCCACCUGCGGCGCGUCAGGCGAUAUCCAAAAAUCCUGGAGAUCAUGGACGUGAUGAAAGAGCCGGAAGAAGAUGACGACACCGACGUAGCGGCCAUGUGGGGUUUGGAGGCUUCAGAAACAGAUGAACUGACAGCUCGCAUAUCCGCCGAGUGGAACCUCGGGGAAACGACAUUGCAGAUGCAGAUCAGCAAAAAAAGGAAGCUUUUGAUGGAUCAUCUGCAAGAGAGGAUUCAGGAAUUGUCCGAAUCGGAGGCCAGGUCUUCCCAGGUCACUGCCCGCAUUGCAUAUGUUGCUGAGCCCGACUAUCUGGAGGAUGUUCCCUCGAAAGCCCCGCCGGUCGAGCUCGAGAAGCAGGCUGCCCUGGCUGCCAAAAAAAAAGCAAAAAAGUCGAAGUCUGCGAGCUCCGGCAAAUGGACACCCUAUUACGUGAAACCCGUGAAGAGGAAAACUUGCGAUCUGUGGGUGGUCUGGGACAGAAUGCAGGACAAGCAAUGUGUGCAAAUCCGCAAAGACGCCACGCCCGACGUCGAGAGUUCGAUAAGAUCAUGGGUGGAUGAUCUCAACGCUGGCAAGAUCGAGCUGAAGGUGCUCGUCGAAGCCACGCUUUACGCAUGCCUUCUGCGUGCUCGGCGUCCCUUGGCACAGGGGCUUCUCGAUCCUCUGCAUUGCAUUGAGUUCUUUGCCGGCCAGAGUGGAAGUGCCAAGAUUGCCAAGUGCUUCAAACAACUGGGCCGAAGAGUGCAGGCUUUCGACCUGAGUUCCCAGACUCACGACCUGGAUUCUACCGAAGGUUUCCUGGCCGGGCUCUUCAGCAUCCUCAGGCUGCGACCCGGAUCCUUCGUGCACUUUGGAACCGUGUGUACUUCCUUCACAUGGAUUAAUGCCGGCACUCACGGUCGACGCCUCUGGCUGCCUGUCGGCAAUGAGCAUCUGGACUACGUCGCCCUAGGAAGCCGGCUUGUGGAAAGAACCGUUCUGCUUGCCUUCUUGGCUUGGCACAUGGGAGCCGUCUUCUCCAUUGAGAACCCGCUGGGCUCUCUGAUGGCGGAACAGCCAAUAUUCCAGAGCAUGAUCCAGUACUUCCAAGACAAGUCAGGAGGUAUAUGGAGAGGGCAUGAUAAGGAGACUGGGAACGGGCCAGUCACGUACCGGUCCGGGACUCAAAGCGACACAGUGCUAUCCUACAAGGUUUGCUACAUCCAUCGCCCGAUGGUGGUCUCGGAAUCACCGAUGCUCAUUGCUGAUCUUGUCCGGGGCAGCCAAGCGGACCAUGCUGCCAUGGGCAUGAAUAGGGUCGGCGACGAUCUCGAGACCCAGCUGGAAGCUAUGAUUGACGAAAUGCAUGCUGACGAAGCUGCCAGCUGCAAUAAAAGAAAGGCCAGCGAGGCCUUUGAGGAUGAGUCAACGACAACGGCGGAUGCCAAAGUCCUCGAACUUCGCAGGCUAAAAGAAAUCGAGGCCCAU